UGAAUUUUUAAAUUUUGCAUGCAUGCUCGAGAAGAAGAAGCAUUUGUUAUACAUUCUCUGUUCUGUCGUUUUCGCGCCUGUUAUUCGGCAUUUUUCAUCCUUCUUUCGUGUGUAGCACAGAACGUCCGGCAACAAAAGUUUUUCGUAUCACCGCAAAACCAGAAUUUGUUGAUUCAAUUUAUAAAUUUCCACUGAAAAUAUAUAAUUGUGAAUCAACGAAUCUUCUGAGAAAAUCGCAAGUUAAUUUUAUCUUAAAAGGACCACUUCAACAAUUAUAAAAAGUAUUAGUAAUGGCAAAAUUAGCAAAAUCGGUGGAACACAAAAAUUCCUUGGACAAAGUUAAUGGUGAAGCAGUGGUAUCUUCUUCGAGUGGGUUUUUAAGUGGUGAUGAGGAUGGAAUUGUAGCUGCUAAAGGUAGAGGACGUACCCGUAAAACCAAAAAUGAAGAAAUUACAAAAAUGGAUUCGGUUCCAAUAAAGAAAGUGGCGAGGCAGGCAAAAAAAGCUAGUACUAGCAAGGGACGCAAAAAGUUGCCGGUCGAAGAAGAAGAGGAACCAGUAGUUGCAGUUGUAUUAACUGUUGAACCACAAGUUGAAAAGAAACGAGCCGUUGCUAAAAAUCGAACCAAAAAGGCUACAGAAGACGAGACCACGAUAGCAAAUGGUAAUGUAGAAGUUGCUACUGUGGCAGCUUCAGCUAAACGGGGAAAAAAAAUUGUGGCAGCAAAAGUGGAUGAGGUUAUUGAAAAUAAUAAUGGAACCGCACUAACCAAAGGAAGAGGCCGAGGUAAGAAAGCUGCUGCUGUUGCAGAGGCAGACGUUGAGGAACUAUCAACAGCACCCACGGUAGAGGAAGAACCCAAAAGUAACAAUAAAAAGCAAAGGAAAACUGCUAGAGUCGUUCCCAAAGCAGAAGAAAAACAAACAGUCAAAGAAACAAAAAAGAAAUCUAUUAAAAGCAAAACAGAAGAGGAGCCUAUUGAAACGAACACGGAUGAACAAGCUAUGUUGGAUAAAAAGAAAACAAAGUCAAGUGGCAAAGUUAAAAAGCAGGAUGUAAAAGAAAUACCUAUUGCGUCACCGGAAAAAUCUGCUGAGAAACCCGUGAAUCCCAGAGCUGCCACUAAAAGGAAGGCAGCAAACAAAGAAGCAGUCGCAGAUAACUCAAUUGAAAAAUACCUAGAAGAAGUGAAAGCUGAAGUUGAAACGGUGGAGGAUGAAGACAAAGCUAUAGCUAAAAAAAAGUCCAAAAAGGAACCAAAGGAAAAACCACCGAAAGAAAUCAGACCAAGGGGUAGGGCGGCAAAAGCUUUGGAAAAAAGCGCGGAAGAAGAACAAGAAAUCGGAGUUGUAGAAGAGAAAAUAGGUACAGGACGAAAGCGUGCAGCUGUGCCCGCAGGCAAGGAUGACAUCAAUGGCGCUAAACCGGCAAAAGCUAAGAAAACCGAUGGUCCCCUCAUGAAUUCCACAGUUACUAAAUAUAAUAAAGAGGAUUUCAUAUUGCCCACAGAUGAAGAUGGAUCGGAACGAUACAAUUUAAAAAUCUCUAGCUGGAAUGUGGCUGGCUUGCGUUCAUGGUUGAAGAAGGAUGGCUUACGCUUUUUGGAGUAUGAGUUACCAGACAUAUUUUGUUUGCAAGAAAUUAAAUGUACUACGGAUCAAAUGCCGGAUGAAGUUGCACGAAUACCAGGAUAUCAUCCAUAUUGGCUGUGCAUGCCCGGUGGCUAUGCCGGUGUUGCUAUCUAUUCCAAAAUAAUGCCCAUAAAUGUUGAAUACGGUAUUGGUAAUGAAGAGUUUGAUGCUGUUGGGCGUAUGAUAACCGCUGAAUAUGAGAAAUUCUUUUUAAUUAAUGUAUACGUACCGAAUUCUGGUCGAAAGUUGGUAAAUUUGGAGGCACGCAUGCGUUGGGAAAAACUUUUCCAAGAGUACGCAAAACGUUUGGAUGCGAAGAAGCCGCUUGUCAUAUGUGGUGAUAUGAACGUUUCGCACCAGGCCAUAGAUUUGGCAAAUCCAAAAUCGAAUACACGUUCCGCCGGUUUCACCCAAGAGGAACGUGAUAAAAUGACUGAACUAUUGGCUUUGGGCUUCGUUGACACUUUUAGGCACUUGUAUCCAGAUCGUACAGCUGCCUACACCUAUUGGACAUACAUGUCCAAUGCACGGUCAAGAAACGUUGGUUGGCGUUUGGACUACUACAUUGUGUCGCAACGUUUCACCAAGCGUGUAGUAGAUAACUGUAUCCGGUCGCAAGUGAUGGGCAGUGAUCACUGUCCAAUAACACUAUUUUUGAAAAUGAAUACAGUGAUUAGCAAUAAACAAAUAGCGAAAAUGGAUCCCUGGAUUUUUCUCAGCGUGAUAGUUGUGCUGUAUUGCGUUUGCUUUUUCAUUGAUCGCCUUUUCAAGAGUUGUAUGCACUACCCGUAUGAUGCAUUUCUCAAGAAUACUGGCCUGACUGUGCAAUUUAUGCGCUUGCGUUGGCAUACCACGGCAUUUAAUCGUGCCAUGCUGCGUUGGGGCAACAACAGCGCCUGGAUGCGUCUGUGGCUAAUACGCAGUUAUACAGUCGGGGUUUUAGUAGCCUUGUCAUUGUUACCCAUCGGUAUUAUAUUAUUAUUUAUUACAAUAUUUAAUGGCGAAAAUAAUGGCGGAUCAAACUUGGGUGCUGUAAGCGCUGGUGGUGCCGGAAAUGGUGUAAGAGCUGAAAGCAGUGUACUACAGAAUGCACCAAAAGUAGAGAUUUUAUUGCCAGGAGUGAAUUUGCCGAUUGAGGAAGUUGGUUACUAUGCAUUGACUUUGCUUUUGUGUACAAUUGUGCAUGAAUUCGGUCACGCAUUGGCAGCAGUACAGGAGGAUAUACCGGUUAUUGGUUUUGGUUUUCAGUUGUACUUAUGCCUACCAUUUGCGUAUACUGAGAUCUCGACCGAUCACUUAAAUGCUCUAAAGUGGUUCAAAAAGUUGCGCAUUAUCUGCGCCGGAAUUUGGCAUAAUUUCAUAUUCGCUUGCUUUUGCUACCUGCUACUUUCGACACUCAGCUAUGUGGCUGCACCAUUUUACACUAUUGACCAUGGCGUUGUGGUAACGGAUAUGACACGCAAUUCGCCUCUACUGGGUACAGCCGGCAAAGGGCUGAUGACUGGUGAUAUUGUCUCACAGAUUAACGACUGCAAAGUGGACACGGAGUCAGACUGGUAUGCGUGUCUCAAACGCUCGAUACGUGGUCCACAUCUUGGUUAUUGUGUUUCACAUGACUUCAUACGUUACAACGAUGAAAGUAUCGAAAUAUCACAUCACAGCGCCGAUGGUAUGCUGCAAUGCUGUGAUGAACGCAAUGAGAAGCUUUGCUGUUUUGAAUCUGUUACAGAAGGCCUAAAUAACUUGGAGACUGCAGAGUUGACAGAUGCCGUAGAUCACGCCCAAAUACCGCAACAUGUCUGCUUAGAUGUACGACGAACGAUAGAAGACUCUCAUGGCUUUUGCAGUGGUAGCAUAAGCAAAUCCAGCAACUUAAAUAGCGGUAGUUUCUGCUCGACCGGCUUCUGUUUGCGGCCUCUGCUGCGCAACACAACUACAAUUUUAACCUUCAAGCGUAGCAGCAAUAGUGGCAACAGUAAAUCAUCGAAAUUACGCGAUGUAAUCUACAUCGGUCAUCCGGCUGACGUUUUUAGCACUGUACGAAUAUCACCAUUUGUGCCACGCCAGUCUUAUGUGUCCCCCGAAUGGGGUGACGCCUACGCUCUCUUCCUCAAAUAUAAUGUGAUUUUUAGUUUUGGACAGGCACUAUUAAAUGCCAUACCAUGUUUUGGUCUAGAUGGCUAUCACAUUACAAGCACGAUCGUGCAUAGUUUUCUAGUCCAGCGCAUCACUGAACGUCCUAAACGUGAUUUUGUAGCAUUACUCGUCGCUGGCACAGGCACACUACUUUUUGGCUCGGCACUCUUAAAAGUGCUUUGGAUGAGUGUAAUGCGUUUUGUAUAUUAGUCGUAAACUAUGUGCUACGUUUUUAUGUGUAUCUCAAUUUCUAUAAAGACGAUUAUUUAUUAUAGAUACUUACACAUAAAUAGUGUAGAAUAAGUGAAGCGCAAUUCGUGCUUAAUGAUAUAGAUAUGUUAAUUUAUAAUUUUUCUACCAAAUAACUAGAUGCUGUAGUAAUUAAUCAAAUAUUUUUCUGCAAUUAAAAAAGCGACGAUUGUAGAUGCUGACGCAAAUUGCAAGCAUUAAAUCGAGUUAACAUUUCCCAAGAAAGUAGACGCAUGCGUACGUACACGUACGUCAAUACGAAAUAAGUUAAUUUAGGAACUGUGUUUGAUUGAAUAAGACACAAAAUUUGAACUGCUGAACUACCAAAUAAUAUGCACAAAACUGGCAAAUAAAUUAAGAUGCUAUAUUCAAAUAAAAUAAAAUAUUUGUUUUGGUUUCCG